CCGCCCGGUGCCUGCCCCGCCCCGCCCGGCGCUCACGGGCCGGGGCCGCGGCGGCAGUCGCGGCCGAGAGAUGGCGGGGGGCCGCGGGACCCCGGCGCGGCGCUGAGCCCCGCCGCCCUCCUCAGCGCCCCUCCGCCGCCGGGACCCCCGCGGAGGCUCGGCUCCCCCAGACUCCCCUCGAUCUUGGCGCCCAGGUGCAUGCCCACCAUGCCCGUGGUCGGUGUCCUCCUCUGGGCCACCCUGCUGACUCUGGGCUGGCGGGCUGCCCAUCCCAAGGACCACGGCUUCGCUACCCCCAGGGUGCAGCUCUCCUUCAAAGAGCUGAAGGCGACGGGCACAGCACACUUCUUCAACUUCCUCCUCAACUCCAGUGACUACCGCAUCCUGCUGAAGGACGAGGACCACGACCGCAUGUAUGUGGGCAGCAAGGACUACGUGCUCUCCCUGGACCUCCACGACAUCAACCGCGAGCCCCUCAUCAUCCAUUGGCCAGCAUCCCAGCAGAGGAUCGAGGAGUGCAUCCUGUCAGGCAAGAACAGCAAUGGGGAGUGUGGCAACUUCAUCCGCCUGAUCCAGCCCUGGAACCGGACUCACCUCUACGUGUGUGGCACUGGUGCCUACAACCCCAUCUGUGCCUUCGUCAACCGCGGGCGCAAAGCCCAGGAUUAUGUCUUCUACUUGGAGCCAGACAAGCUGGAGUCGGGCAAGGGGAAGUGUUCCUACGACCCCAAAGUAGACACCGUCUCUGCAUUAAUAAAUGAAGAGCUUUAUGCUGGUGUCUACAUCGACUUCAUGGGCACGGACGCAGCCAUCUUCCGCACCAUGGGCAAGCAGACAGCCAUGAGGACAGACCAGUACAAUUCCCGCUGGCUCAAUGACCCAGCCUUUGUCCGUGCCCAGCUCAUCCCAGACAGCAGCGAGAGGAAUGAUGACAAGCUCUACUUUUUCUUCCGAGAGAAAUCAGCUGAUGCCCCACUGAGCCCUGGGGUCUAUUCCCGCAUUGGGCGCAUUUGCCUGAAUGAUGAUGGGGGCCACUGCUGCCUUGUGAACAAGUGGAGCACCUUCCUGAAGGCCCGGCUCGUCUGCUCUGUGCCGGGACCCGACGGCAUUGAAACACACUUCGAUGAGCUCCAGGACGUCUUCAUCCAGCAGACUCAGGACACCAAGAACCCUGUUAUCUACGCUGUGUUCUCCGCCUCGGGGUCAGUCUUCAAAGGCUCUGCUGUGUGUGUCUACUCGAUGGCUGACAUCCGCAUGGUCUUCAACGGACCCUUUGCCCACAAGGAGGGACCCAACUACCAGUGGAUGCCCUACACAGGAAAGAUGCCCUACCCCCGUCCAGGCACUUGCCCUGGGGGGACCUUCACCCCAUCCAUGAAAUCGACCAAGGACUACCCUGACGAAGUGAUCAACUUCAUGCGCACGCACCCGCUGAUGUACCACGCCGUGUACCCCACGCACCGCCAGCCGCUGGUGGUCCGCACCAACGUCAACUACCGCUUCACCACCGUGGCCGUGGACCAGGUGGACGCGGCAGACGGGCGCUAUGAGGUGCUUUUCCUGGGCACAGAUCGGGGCACCGUGCAGAAGGUCAUUGUGCUCCCCCGGGAUGACAUGGAGACAGAGGAGCUCAUGCUGGAGGAGAUUGAAGUGUUCAAGGUGCCAGCACCCAUCAAGACGAUGACCAUCUCCUCCAAGAGGCAACAGCUGUAUGUGUCCUCGGCCGUAGGCGUGACCCACCUGGCCCUGCACCGCUGUGACGUGUAUGGAGAAGCCUGUGCUGACUGCUGCCUGGCCCGGGAUCCCUACUGUGCCUGGGACGGCAGCGCCUGCACCCGCUACUCUGCCUCCUCCAAGAGGCGCAGCCGGCGGCAGGACGUCCGACACGGCAACCCCAUCCGGCAGUGCCGCGGCUACAACUCCAAUGCUAACAAGAACACAGUGGAGGCCGUGCAGUACGGCGUGGAGGGCAGCACAGCCUUCCUGGAGUGCCAACCCCGCUCGCCCCAGGCCAGCAUCAAGUGGCUGCUGCAGAAGGACAACAGCGACCGGCGGAAAGAGCUGCGGGUGGGGGGCCGGGUGCUGCGCACGGAGCAGGGCUUGCUGCUGCGCGCCCUCCAACUCAGCGACAGCGGCCUCUACUCCUGCACCGCCACCGAGAACAACUUCAAGCAUACAGUGACCAAGGUGCAGCUCCGCGUCCUCAGCAGCCGCGCCGUCCACGCCGUGCUGGUCCAGGCAGAGACCCCCCUUGGCCUGCCAGGCGCCCCCACUCCCCGCUACCAGGACCUGCUGCAGCUCCUCAGCCAGCCUGAAAUGGGACUCCUGGACCAGUACUGCCAGGGCUACUGGCGGCACACGGCCGCCAGCCCCCCGCAGCCGCUGGCUGGCCUCAAAGCCAAGGAGCAGCAGGACCAGAAGAAGCCUCGAAACCGCCGGAAUCACCAGCCAGAGACCUAUGGGCAUACAUGAAACCAUCAUCAGGGACUUUGCUAGCACAGUGGUCUAUUUUUCCCCCCUUUUAAUAUUAAAAAUAUCUAUAAAUAAAUAUAUAUAUAUAUAUAUAUACAUCCACGCACGCACACACACAGACACACGCGCUUCCCCUCCCACGGGAGGUGGUAUUUAUUUGUAGGCUGUACAUAGUCAUUGGGGUGGUGCUACCCCCACCUCCCAGCCCCAGGGAGGAGCAGGGACCCCUGAAGUGGCUGCAGCCACCAUUCCCUCCUGCCAAGGACCUGCAUAUCCUGUUGUGCAGGGACCAUGGGUCACCACAGCCACUCUCCCACGCAGCUGGGGCAUAGCACCCUGCUGGGGAUGGAUGUCCUGGUGUGGGAGGGGAUGAUGCCCUGGGGAGGCAGUGCCAGACAAGGCGUGCUCACUCCAAGCUGGGCAUGGCCAUCAUAGCUUCGUGCCUCAGUUUCCCCACACUGAGGUUAUGGAGGAGCAAGUGCUUUCUGUGAGGGAGCUGUAGACCACCAGGCAAGCUGAGGAGGAGGGAUAAGGGCACAUGGCUGUGUCCCCUCCCUGGGGGUUUGGCAGGGAUGAGAUGGGACCUCAAGGUAGGACUGAGGUGUUCAGGCAAUAAUGAGUCUUGGCCCCAGGGUCUUUGGAUGGAGAAGGGAAGGAGAAGGAGCCAUGCUGGUGUAAAACCUCCAGCAGCUGCUGGUAACAGUGACAGUGGCACCCAGCCUAUCAACCACCCUCUUGGGGCACCCUGGUGGCUGCAGAGGGUUGUAAAUAGUUGUACAUGGGAAACGCAGGGCUGACCAGGGCUGAGUCAGUGUCCCCUGCUGCAGCUAGCGACACUCCCAAAUAAACACUGGCUUUGGGACAG